UAAUUUAGCCUUGUCAAAAACUUGAGAUCUUCAACCAACUUGCCCCUUUUCCCUCUUCCGACCGUCUCACCGAGUUCUGCCUUACUCAUUGCAACUCACUCUCAUCUUCCUUCCUCUUGACCAGUUUUUUUCUUUUAAGAGGAUUCAACUUUGGAGCACCUUUUCCAGGUUCUUUGAUGGGUUCUUGAGUUCUUAUAAUUGUUUGAUGGUGUGAUUUGUGAGCUUCUUUUGAAGAAAAAAAUGAUACUUUCAGCUCUUUUAACUUCAGUUGGAAUCAAUUUUGGACUGUGUUUGCUGUUUUUCACUUUGUAUUCAAUAUUGAGGAAGCAACCUGGUAAUUUGUACGUGUAUGCACCCCGUUUGGUCGAUAAAGAGAAAUCUCAGCAACAGGAGAGUGAUGAUUUUUACUUGGAAAGGUUAUUGCCUUCUGCUGGUUGGGUUAGAAAUGCUUGGCAGCUUUCUGAAGAUGAAAUCUUGUCAAUUUCGGGUUUAGAUGGUCUCGUGUUCACUCGGAUCUUCACCUUCAGCUUGAAAGUGUUCACCGUUGCUGGGGUUAUUGGAAUCUCCAUCCUUCUUCCAAUUAAUUAUUUUGGGAACCAGCUAAGUGAUGAUUUUGGCCAUUUGCCAAACAAGUCAUUGGAUUCAUUUAGUAUAUCAAAUGUCAAUGACGGUUCAAACAGGUUAUGGGUUCACUUUUCUGCUGCAUAUAUUUUUACUGGAGUUGUCUGCUAUCUUCUGUAUUGUGAGCAUAAAUAUAUGUCGGCAAAAAGGAUUGCUUACUUCUAUUCAUCCAAACCACAGCCUCAUCAGUUUACAAUAUUAGUCCGCAGUAUCCCUUCCUCAUCUGGAAGAAACCUUAGUGAAACUGUUGAGAGUUUUUUCACUGAGUAUCAUCCUUCUACUUAUCUUUCACAUUCAAUGGUUCAUCGAACAAGCAAAAUUCAAGAUCUCAUUAAUGAUGCGGACAAACUGUAUAGAAAGCUUGGCUGCAUGAAAUCAAACAACCAUUCUCAGCAAAACUUUAGACGUGAUGGCUUUUUAGGACUCAUUGGACGCAAAGUUAAUCUUUUAGACCACUAUGAAAAGAAGUUGGAAGAUUUGGAAGAUAAUGUGAGGAUGGAGCAAAAUUUAUUGGCUGCAGAGGAAGUUCCAGCUGCUUUUGUUUCAUUCAAGUCACGGUUUGGUGCUGCAGUAGCCUUACACAUCCAACAGGGGGUUAAUCCCACAGAAUGGGUCACUGAGCGAGCUCCUGAGCCUCAGGAUGUUCACUGGGCUUUCUUUUCUGCAUCAUUCAUUAAAAGAUGGAUCUUCAAACUGGUGGUGCUUGUUGCAUCAUUUGCUCUAAUUGUUCUUUUUCUUAUUCCAGUUGUGAUAGUGCAAGGUCUUGCUAAUCUGGAUCAAUUGGAAAAAUGGUUUCCUUUUCUGAAAGGCAUACUGAGCCUAACUGUUGUCAGUCAAGUAAUUACAGGAUAUCUUCCAAGUCUCAUUCUGCAGUUAUUUCUUUUUUUUGUUCCACCAAUUAUGUUAACAUUUUCCGCCAUUCAAGGAUACAUUUCUCGCAGUCAAAUAGAAAGAAGUGCUUGUUCCAAGAUGCUAUGGUUUAUCAUAUGGAACAUCUUCUUUGCAAAUGUACUGUCAGGGUCAGCUUUCUAUCUAGUCAAUGUAUUCCUUGAGCCCAAAAAUAUUCCCAGGGUGCUAGCUGAAGCUGUUCCAGGUCAGGCAUCGUUCUUCAUUUCAUAUGUUGUGACUUCUGGGUGGACCAAUCUAUCAUCAGAACUCUUCCGAUUGAUUCCACUGGUUUGCAGUUUUUGGAAAAGAAUAUUUUCAGGAAAAGAUGGGGAUGAAUUUGAGGUUCCAUCAAUUCCUUACUAUAAUGAUAUCCCCACUAUUCUCUUCUUUGGACUUCUGGGUAUAACGUACUUUUUCCUCUCUCCCCUAAUUCUGCCAUUUCUCUUGGUUUACUUUUGCCUUGGAUACAUCAUCUUUCGCAACCAGCUGUUGAAUGUGUAUGCCCCAAAGUAUGAAACAGCUGGGAUGUUUUGGCCUAUAGUGCACAAUUCGACAAUAUUUUCCUUGAUAUUGAUGCAUAUUAUUGCAAUUGGAAUAUUUGGGCUUAAGAAGCUACCUUUGGCAUCUAGUUUAAUUAUUCCUCUUCCCGUUCUCACUCUCAUCUUCAAUGCGUACUGCCAGAACCGGUUCCUACCUUUAUUUAAAGCUUAUCCUACUGAGUGUUUGAUAAAAAAAGAUAGGGAAGACCUGAAUGAAGCAGGCAUGACGGAGUUUUAUGAUAAAUUAGUCACUGCAUAUCAAGAUCCAGCUCUGAGGCCAGUUCAGCAUGCCAGAAGCUCUGACAGGGACACUUCUCCCCUACUUCACAGUACUGAAGUUUGAACUCUCCGUGUGUGGUUUUUUUUUUUGAUGAAUGAAUUUGAAUUCAUUUGGCAAUCCUCGUCUUAAUCUUAACAAGGUAGCCCAUGUGUUGUUUUAGCAUCAUUUUUUAAGGCUGUGGAUUCAUUUUUUAAUUCAUUUAGAUACACAGGGCUCUUGGUCUCGGACUUUAUUAUUAUUAUUAUUGGUGUUUUUUUGGGUUUUGUAUGUUUGUCAACAAGUUGAUAUCAAAUAAUUCCGAGUUGUGUAGUGUUCGAUUCACUGUAAAAAAUUUAUUCAGCUUAAAAUU